ACUACUUCACACCAACGCGCUCUCUGCACAUCAAGAUGAAGGCUAUCGCCGACCUGUUGGAUUCAGAUAUCGAAGAAAGCGUCGUCUUUGCCGAUGAUCGAUCGGAUGUCUCCUCAGAAGGCGAGGAGGACGCGACCAACUCGGCACAGGCAAAGAAACGUCGCAAACGGCACAGAGUGACAAUGCCUGCGAAAAAAAUCAAACCAAACGAGCAACCCUCUGCGACCACACAGAGCAAAAAAGCAACAUCAAAGCGGAAGAACCUAGCGCAGCGCAAGGCAGCGGGUGAGGGGGUCAACCAGCCCGGAGAUGGCGAUGCCCAUGAUUCUGAUACAGAACAGCGCGCCCCUGAGCCAACGCAAAAGAAGCCGGGGGGUGCUGUUCAGGCCAAAACCAAAACCAAAAAACAGACUAGGGUGGUUCAAGAGCAAUCGGGGACACACAAAAACAGCACGAAGACUGAGCCGUCUGGGAAAGAAGCACACGCGGAGGACGAAGCUGAAGCUCCUCGACCCUCAAAGAAAGCCACCGGUGCGCGGAAGCUGAAAGUCCUGAAGGAGAAUAUUGCUCCGGUCGUUGAAUCGCGGGAAGACACGCUGGAAGAGAUAGAGGAGUCUGAAUUGUUGCCGCCUGAGCCUACGAGACCGCAGCCAGCUGCACGCAAUCUGCCUCGGACAAGACAGGAGCCAGUGUAUCAACGACGAACAGGUGGAACAGCAGCCACAGAAAGUUUCCGUCGCGAGUUGGGAGACAUAACACGGCAGUUGGAAAACUCCGAGUUGAGAUACCGCAAUUUGAAAGAGCUCGGCAUCACCGAAGCCAUGGGAAAGAUGGAGGCUUUGCGCCGAGAGCAUGAUGUGACGGUGCAGACAUCGAAUGAUGUUAUCAACUCCCUCAAAAGGUCACUCGCGGCGCAACCUCGUCUGGAUCAAGAAGUCCAAAAGUUGAGGACAGAGCUGCAGAGCCGGGUGGACGAAGUAAGUGGGAUGCAGCACGAAAUCACCGCCUUGAACAACUCGCUCUCCACGGCCAUGAACGAGGUCAAGGCCCUCCAGGCGAAAUUGGCAGCUACAAGAGCCCCUUCAGUCGAGGCGACAUCAUCAAAGGCAUCAGGAAGCGCCAUGAAGGGCAAAUCGCACGGCUCUGCAGCCAUGGGCAAUUCGGAAGCUGCACAAGCCGCUCAAUAUGCGCAGAUGAAGGAGGAUCUGUACAGCGAUUUGACCGGACUCAUUAUCCGCAGUGUGAAGAAAGCGGAUUCGGGCGAUACCUUUGACUGCAUUCAAACCGGCCAGAAUGGUACUCUUCACUUCAAGCUAUUCGUUCCUCAAGAGGGCGUAAGGGGAGCCAACUUUGAGGAGCCUGACAUUCUGUACACGCCUCUGCUAGAUGGCAACAGAGAUCGCGACAUGAUUGAGAUCAUGCCUAGUUACUUAACCGAGGUCAUCACGUUUUCGAGGCAGAACGCAGCCAAGUUUUAUGGCCGGGUAGUAGACACCCUGACCAAGAGAAGGCCAGAUGAUUGAACGGCGUUGUUUGAAGAGGCGGUUUGCUUUGGUAUCCAGGGAAUCAGUCCAGCAGCAUAGACGGGGAAUACCCUGGGAUGCCUCGGGAUCAGGCUCGGGCUACAACAGACAACGUCUGCUUAGCCAGAAAGAAAAACCAUCUCAGAGGUGGCGCUGGAUCCGUCCGAAAUGCUUCCUCGUUGCCUAUUUCCCUCUCGAGGCCGCCUUUCAAACCUGAUAUCCUGGCAACGAAUCUCUUACGGUGUUCAUUGUACACGAUCAGAGCCCCCGCAGCUCAGCAGCUCAGCAGUACGACAUCAGGUAUCAAUCACCUCAGGGCUUCUCCUCAAAGUCUGCUGGUUUGGUGCUCUCGGAGGACAGUCAACCUUUCUAUUUGCGAUGAAAGAUGCGGCGCUCAUGAAGCAGACGACGGCGUUGGUCCGGGGGGGCUUUUUUUCUGCAUGCCGUAUAUGACAUAAGGCUCGCUCAUGAAUAUUGUUGUACUUAUAAAUAGGUAACAUGUCGCUACUCUGGGACGGCAACUUGUGGUGGAGUGUAUCGCGGACAAUCUGACGAAGGCCUU